AUGGAAAGAAUAUACAAUGCCAAGAGGUGUCCGGACGACAAUCGCUUGGCAUUCACUGAGUAUCUGCUGAUUGGGGAAGCUAGUCAUUGGUGGACGAGCAUGAAGGCGAUAUUAGCGGACGCUCAAAGUCCCAUUUCAUGGGAAGUAUUCAGAAGCAAGUUCUACGAAGAAUACUUCCUAGAUAGCGUUCGUUUUGCAAAGGAGGUGGAGUUUCUCCAGUUGGUUCAAGGUGGGAUGUCCGUGUCGGAAUACACCAACAAGUUUAAACACCUAGUGAGAUUUAACACUAUGGCGACCAGUGAGGAAUGGCAGUGUAGGAAGUUUGAGAAUGGGCUGAGGAGUGAUUUGAAGCUACAAAUAUCCAGCCUAUGUAUUAGGUCAUUUCCUGCCAUGGUUGAGAGAGCUAAGGUAUUGGAGAAGAACGUGGCAGAAGUGGAGCAACAGAAGAAACAGCAGCAACAGGCAUCUAGAGGGUCGAUAUCUUCAAGAAGCAAUGUAAAUUUGAGGAGAAAUCCUUACGCUCGUCCAGCUCAAACAUCAAAUUCUGGAGGGUCUCAAGCAGUGAUUGUUGUCGGACGGUCUGGACUGCAAGGGACUGUGACAUGUUUUCAGUGUGGAGGACCACACUAUUGUUCGUCGUGUCCUCAACUGGUGGGAGGAAAGUUUUGCGCUCGCUGUAAAAGAAAUGGCCAUCUGGAGAGUGAGUGCAACAUGGGAGGACGAGCGGUCAUGAGGCCGCCGAACGCUGGAAGAGUUCAACAAGGGAGAGGCGGUCGAGCACAAGCGACUGGGCGAGUUUACGCUAUAACGAGCGCGGAAGCAACAAGCUCAGGGCGUAGAUAUAAGGUAAACCUCAUAUGUUUACCUUUAAAGGAGUUAGAAGUGAUCUUAGGAAUGGAUUGGUUGGCUGCCAAUCACAUUCUCAUUGACUGUGGUGCAAAGAAGUUAGUGUUUCCGGAUGAAGAAGAAGAAGAGUUAUCGGUGAUGCUCGGUCAACUAAAGGAGGACAUCAUGGAGGGUGCCAGCUGUUUUCUGAUAAUGACGCACGCGGAUGAAGAGUUUGAGAAUUUAUGUCGUGAACGAUCGUUCAGUGGUAAGCUGAGUGAAGGACGAUCGGUGGUGGAUGAAUUCCUGGACGUCUUUCCGGAUGAAGUACCCGGACUACCUCCUCCACGAGAAGUAGAAUUCACAAUUGAUUUAGUGUCGACGACAGGGCCCAUCUCUGUUGCACCGUAUCGAAUGUCACCAGCGGAGUUGACUGAACUCAAGAAGCAAAUUGAAGAUCUAAUGGAUAAGAAAUUUAUCAGACCGAGCGCAUCACCUUGGGGAGCGCCUAUUGAUUUGUGUUCGGGGUACCACCAAAUUCGGGUGAAGGAAGGAGAUGUUCAGAAGACUGCUUUCAGGUCUCGUUACGGACACUACGAAUAUAUAGUGAUGUCGUUCGGUGUCACUAAUGCACCAGCGAUCUUCAUGGACUACAUGAAUCGCAUCUUCAGGCCGUACCUGGACAAGUUUGUGGUCGUCUUCAUUGAUGACAUCCUUGUCUACUCCAAGAGCUGUGAAAAACAUGAAGAACACUUGAGGGUAGUACUUAGUGUAUUAAGAGAAAAGGAGUUGUACGCUAAGCUAUCUAAGUGUGAAUUUUGGAUGAAGAAAGUGCAGUUCUUGGGGCACGUAGUCUCUGCUGGAGGAAUCUCAGUGGAUCCGGCCAAGGUACGAGCGGUGCUGGAAUGGGAGAGUUCGCAUUCGGUCACUGAGUUGACCAGAAAAGAUCACCCGUUCGCUUGGACCGAUCGGUGUGAAUCUAGUUUCCAAGAACUGAAGCGGAAGUUGACGAGCACUCCAGUCUUGGUUAUUCCUGGCACGGCCAAACCGUUCGAAGUAUACUGCGAUGCUUCUCAUCAAGGUUUAAGCUGUGUACUUAUGCAAGAAAGAAGGGCGGUCGCGUACGCUUCUCGACAGCUGAAGAUCCACGAGAAGAACUACCCGACGCACGACUUGGAAUUGGCAGUGGUCGUCUUCGCGUUGAAGAUUUGGAGGCACUACUUGUACGGAUCUACAUUCCAAGUCUUCAGCGAUCACAACAGUCUCAAGUACCUCUUUGAUCAGAAAGAGUUGAAUAUGAGGCAGAGGCGUUGA